AUGUCCAAACCUUACACCUGCUACGGCUGCAAGGAAGUAGGCUUCGGCCCACACUACCAAUGCGAAAACUACUAUUUUGAUCUUCACAAGGAGUGCAAAUUUCCAGAAACGUGGCCAAUUUCACAUCAAUUCUUCCCCAAUUCCACCUUCAAUUUCUUUCGAAUCCCACCAAAGGCCUGUCACGACGAUUGCAGAAGGUUAUGCGACGCUUGCAGAAAGCCCAUCAACGGCUUUGUGUACCACUGCCAGAAUCAAGACUUGGACCUCCACCCCUGCUGCAGAAACCUCAACAAAAACUACAAAAUCAAAGACGUGGAGUUCAAUCUCCACAAAGAAGUCCGGGGGAAGUGCUUGUGGUGCAACAGAAAGAGCAUCAAUGGCGGAACACACAACGACAACGGCUGGUCCUACAUUUCAGAAUGCGGGAAGUACCAUGUUCACGUGGCUUGUAUCGCCCAAAUGGCCUUGGAGGAAUCGCACAAGAGCCAAGAAGACUGCGCCAUCGAUGAUGUCACGGCCCAGAACCAGGAGCAAGCCUUGGCUCUGCUUCUGAAGAGGGUGAAUCUGGAAUCAGUUCAAGCUCGAGGGCGUGGGGACGGCCGAACAGGAACCAAGUUCUGGAGAAUCCUCAAGGGCUUUGUCAGAAGGUGA